GAGCUCUGCACCAAUCACAAAGCGGGAGACAAAACUGUUGUGAUGUCACGGCGCCUCUGAUUGGCUGAGGCGGCAGAGCACCCACAGGGAGGACUGUCUGCUGCGUGUGCGUCUCUACUUCCCUUUGAAAAGUUUUAAAUGAGCUUCUGACCGACAGUGUCGCUGCAAAAAGCAGCCAGACGUCAUGUUUCUGGAUGGUUUCUCUCUAAUGUGCGACCGAGCUGCGUUCAAGCUAAAAUCAGCUGUUUUUUAAAGGGACCCUGGCAGGAGAGGGGCGUUCAGGGUGUGUCGGGAGGUUUAAAAACGCAAUUUUUUUUUUUCUGUGUGUGUUUUUCUUGUUCUUUGAAGUGAAAGCAGAGAGAAAGUUGAGGCUGAAACCUGAGCAGCAGCAUGCCGGGGAACGGAGGGGUGUACGCGGCCAAGAGGAGGAAGAAACCCGCUCAGAAAAAUGUGAAGCCGGCGCCCGUGAAGACCAACCCGUCCAAACGGCACCGGGACCGCCUGAACGGAGAGCUGGACCGCCUCACCGCCAUGCUGCCAUUCUCCGAGGAGGUCAGAGGUCGUCUGGACAAACUGUCGGUGCUGCGGCUCAGCGUGGGAUACCUCACAGUCAAGAGUUACUUCCACGCAGCGCUCCAGAAGCACACAAGGUCGGCUCCUCCUGUGUCUGCAAACGGAAGAAACGGACAGUCAGUGUCUCUGGAUGGAGUCAGUUUCUCAGAGGGGGAACUCCUUCUGCAGGCUCUAAACGGUUUUGUUUUGGUCGUGGCGACUGAUGGAACCAUCUUCUACACAUCUCCGACCAUCCAGGACUUCCUCGGCUUCCAUCAGUCUGAUGUGGUCCAGCAGAGCGUGCACGAGCUGGUCCACGUGGACGACAGAGAGAUGUUCAAAUGUCAGCUGCACUUCGCCCUCAACCCCUCCGACACUAGAGCAGAAGGCGGCCAGUUGUUGUCUCAGUACAUCCCUCCAGAGAACUCGUCUUUCCUGGAAAGAAACUUCUGCUGUCGUCUCCGCUGCCUCCUGGACAACACCUCUGGCUUCCUGGCUCUGAACUUCACCGGGCGUCUGAAGUAUCUGCAUCUGCCGGGAAACAAAGCGUCUGACGGGACGGCGGCUCCUCCUCAGCUGGCUCUGUUCGCCAUCGCCGCUCCUCUGCAGCCUCCUGCCGUCAUGGAGAUCCGGACUAAGACCCUGAUCUUCCAGACUAAACACAGGAUGGACUUUGCUCCUCUGGGCAUUGACACCAGAGGGAAGCUGGUUUUAGGAUACACAGAGAUCGAGUUGGUCACGACGGGGUCUGGAUACCAGUUCAUCCACGCUGCAGACAUGAUGUACUGCGCUGACAACCACCUCCGGAUGAUGAAGACUGGAGACAGCGGCUUCACCUUCUUCAGGCUGCUGACUAAAACUGGACACUGGCUGUGGGUCCAGGCCACCGCCAGGGUCGUCUUCAAGGGACGGAAACCGGACUUCAUCGUGGCUCGUCAGAAAGCCCUCACAAAUGAAGAAGGAGAGGAACAUCUGCACCAGAGAAGACAGCAGCUCCCGUUCAACCUGGCCACAGGUGAAGGCGUCCUGUACGACGUCUCUCUGGAGUCCAUGCCGAGUCCUGCUGGCUCCCCGGGCCCCACAGAGCCCCCGGCAGAGAAACCUCUGGACCCCGCCUCCCUGCUGGGCUCCCUCCGCCGCCAGGACCACUCCAUCUACACCCAGCCGCCGCCGCCGCCGAGUCCUCCGCUCGCCAUCUUCUCCCUGGUAGAGGACGCCGACCUGGACCAACCACAGCCGGCUCUGGAGCGAGCCUUCCUGGACAGCCACGCCCUGCUCAGCGUCCCGGGACAGAACCAGGCCUCGCAGAAGAGGUCUCUGACGGGGGACCUCACCUCAGACGCCAUGAUCGACUCGUUGGAGCAGAUUCUGGAGGAUAUCGGGGACGGAGGGAUCGAGGGGCUUGACAUUGAGGAGUCGGAGCUGAGGGAGUGGGAGGAAACCCUCGCCAGGGUGAAAGUAGACCGAGAAGACGCUCCGAGGGAACUAAACCACAUCCUGGCCAAUGAUGUCUUCUCAUACGUGGAGGAGGCUUUGAGGAGAGAGACCGGCGGCUGCUUGCAGGGCUCAGAUCACACCGUGGCACAUUUUUCUGGCUCGAUCAGCAGUUUACAGCAUCCUGAGUUUAUGGAUAACGAGGACAGGUUGUUGGGUCGUCCUCCAAACCUUCUCCGUGGCAACCAAAUGAUUCCUGACGGGACACAAAACUCUUGGCUCGUACGAGACACAAACACCAGCAGCAGCCGUCCGCCCGGCUCGGAUUUGACCAACCAAAGUGUUCAAUAUGCAGCUUCACAGCAGACGUGCACGCUUCAGAGUCCAGCAGCGUGGCCGCAAAGUUUUCAGCACCAAACACUGAUGCAUUCCUUACACAUACCGGGCGGCGUGGACUCCAUGUUCCUCCCACAAACGCAUCGAUUAUCCAGCAGCUGCAUGUAUGAACAGAGAGAAGGUCACAUGCUGAAUCCUGCUGCUGGUCCUGACAGACGGAGUCGGCCUUUCCUGGGACCGCCGUGCUCCAGAGGAACCACACAGUCUCCCUUUUUCCCGCCACAUCCCGCCACAGGGAUGAUGCAGUCAGAUUUAAGGCAGCAUCAUCAUCAUCAUCAUCAUCAUCAUCAUCAUCAUCAGAGUGGAGGCAGCGCUGGCCUGAGAUCAGCUCCGUCAGCUCCUGGAAACGGAUCAUUACAGUCGUCGUUCUUCUGCUGGAACAGUGGAGCUCAGGUAAAAUGAGGUAGAAUACAUCUAUAGUGCAUUAUGAGCGCAUUCAUAGUGCAGAUAGUCAAAUCAAUUAUACAUAAAACAAAUAACCAUUUGCCUUUUUGUUUUAAUCUCCAUAACAUAUAUCUUUAUUGUGACCAGAAUAGUGAUGUUAGACAACAAAUUCCAUUUCAGAUUUGUUUUUAAGUAACAAAAUGAUAAUAAAUCAAUAAUAAAUAAAUAAAAAAAUAAACUGCCUCAUUGGAGGGCUUCUCAACAACCUACUGUAGCUUCAAAACAAUGAAAAACACACUUAUGUACU